GAUGCACUGUGCUGUGUUCAGCAAGACUUGGUAACUGGCUGUGUUUACAUUCCAGCAGCAUGAAAGUGUCCCUUGGCCUUGGCUUCUUCCUGGCUUUCCUGGAUCCAGGUACCUCCCUUCAGUGUGAAGUUUGUCAUAACAUAGGAAAAAGCUGCUCUGGCCCCAUGAAAACCUGUAGCGGUGGUGAGGAUACCUGCGGCAUCAUUGUACACGAGGUCUUGAUGGGGGGGAUAACAGUCCCUUCAUCCAUCAAGUCCUGCGUGCCAUCAAGUGUUUGUCAGCUGGGCCCUAUCACCGUGAACUAUGGGAAGGUAAAAGAAAGGAGCCACAUGGCUUGCUGCACUGGCGACGACUGUAGAACGAUCUCUGUCUCAUUGCCUCCAGAGGACAACAAACCUAAUGGAUACCAGUGUCCUGCCUGCUACAGUAUGGACUCCUUCCAGUGUGGUAAAGAAGUCGUAAACUGCACUGGCUCUGAAACCAAGUGCCUUGACCUUGCCGGCUUUAUGAAUUCUAGUGGAGUGUCUCUGAAAACCGCCAUGAAGGGCUGCACCACUGUGUCUGAAUGCAGUAUUGUAGGAGAUGGAAAAAGCAAUCUGGGGAUGAUGGACAUGAAGUUAAAGCGGUUCCAAUGCACACCAGCUUCUUUGCUUAGAGUGAGUUCUGGCUUUAGCCCUCCAGAUGCCUUCUUAUUCCCUGUCUUGUCAGGAUUCAUCUUGGAGAAGGUACUUUUCUGACUCUCUCUAAUACUGGCUUAAGCAAAACCCAUGACAAAAUGCAACAGAUAUUUGCACCAAAUCCUGUUUGUUGUGGUUCUCCUGUUUUGUUUUGUUUUGUUUUCAGAUUAGCUCUUCUUUUUUGUGAUUUCAAAGAAUAAAGACAGUACUUACAUUUC